AUGUCCGCCCCAAACCCAAAAGCCUUUCCAUUAGCUGACGCUGAACUAUCUCAACAGAUCUUAGAUGUUGUCCAACAGUCUGCCAAUUUGAGACAAUUGAAGAAAGGUGCCAACGAGGCCACCAAGACUUUGAACAGAGGUAUCUCCGAAUUCAUCAUCAUGGCUGCUGACUGUGAACCAAUCGAAAUCUUACUACAUUUACCAUUAUUAUGUGAAGAUAAGAACGUUCCAUAUGUCUUCGUUCCUUCAAGAGUCGCUCUAGGCAGAGCAUGUGGUGUCUCCAGACCAGUUAUUGCUGCCUCCAUCACCACCAACGACGCUUCUUCCAUCAAGAACCAAAUCUACGCCGUCAAGGACAAGAUUGAGACUUUAUUGAUCUAA